AAAAGGCACUCUUCAAAUACAAAGCCUUACACUCAGACAGAAAAACGGUUUUUCAGAUCUACAGCCAAAGAUCCAUUCCCUGUUUGUUUCCCGGGAAAAUGAAACAGUUCAUAGAAAACUUGCCGUCAAUGGAUCUGAUGCGCUCCGAGAAGAUGACCUUCGUUCAACUCAUUAUCCCAGCCGAGUCCGCUCAACGAGCCAUCUCCUAUUUGGGCGAACUCGGUCUCCUUCAAUUCCGAGACUUAAAUGCCGAAAAAAGCCCCUUCCAGAGAACGUUUGUUAACCAGGUAAAGCGAUGUGCAGAAAUGUCAAGAAAGCUACGGUUCUUCAAGGAUCAAAUCAAUAAAGCCAGUUUAAUGUCUUCGCUUUCUGUCUUGCAACCAGAUAUUUACUUGGAGGAUUUAGAGACACAACUUGCUGAGCAUGAACAUGAGCUAAUUGAAAUGAAUUCUAACAGUGAGAAACUUCAGCAAUCAUAUAAUGAACUCUUGGAGUUCAAGAUUGUAUUGCAAAAGGCAUGUGGUUUUCUUGUUUCAAGUCCUGGCCAUGCUGUUUCAGAAGAGAGAGAACUGGAGGAGAAUGUAUACUCAAAUGGAGACUACGUCGAGACACCAUUUUUGUUUGAACAGGAAACAAGGCCUGGACCAUCAAAUCAAUCUGGUUUAAGAUUUAUCAGUGGGAUAAUUUGUAAAUCCAAAGUUCUUAGGUUUGAAAGGAUGUUGUUUCGUGCUACAAGAGGAAAUAUGCUUUUCAAUCAGGCACCGGCUGAUGAACAAAUCAUGGAUCCUAUUUCAACCGAGAUGGUUGAGAAAACAGUGUUCGUUGUGUUUUUCUCUGGGGAGCAAGCAAGAACAAAGAUUCUGAAAAUUUGUGAGGCAUUUGGUGCAAAUUGUUACCCUGUUCCUGAAGAUAUAAGUAAACAGAGGCAAAUAACUAGGGAGGUUUCAUCACGUCUUGAUGACUUAGAGGCAACUUUGGAUGCUGGGAUCAGGCAUCGGAAUAAGGCUCUAGCUUCUUUAGGAGGUCAUUUAGCAAAAUGGAUGGACAUGGUAAGAAGAGAGAAGGCUGUGUAUGAUACACUGAACAUGUUAAAUUUUGAUGUCACCAAAAAAUGUCUUGUUGGAGAGGGCUGGUGUCCUAUGUUUGCAAAAGUACAGAUUCAGGAGGCAUUGCAACGUGCAACUUUUGACAGCAAUUCUCAAGUUGGCAUAAUCUUUCAUUCAAUGGAUGCACUGGAAUCACCACCAACAUAUUUUAGGACCAACUAUUUCACAAGUCCAUAUCAGGAAAUUGUUGAUGCAUAUGGUGUUGCAAGAUAUCAAGAAGCAAAUCCUGCAGUUUACACAACUAUUAUAUUCCCAUUUCUUUUUGCGGUGAUGUUUGGGGACUGGGGUCAUGGAAUUUGCCUGUUGCUGGGAGCGUUGGUUCUUAUUGCACGUGAAAGCAAGCUCAGCACUCGGCGACUUGGAAGCUUUAUGGAGAUGCUAUUUGGUGGGCGCUAUGUGCUUCUUUUGAUGUCACUAUUUUCAAUCUAUUGUGGGUUAAUCUACAACGAAUUCUUCUCUGUUCCUUUUCACAUAUUUGGUGCUUCUGCUUAUAAAUGCCGAGAUAGUUCAUGCAGGGAUGCACAUACUGUUGGCUUAGUAAAAUACCGAGAACCAUACCCAUUUGGUGUGGAUCCCAGCUGGCGUGGAAGUCGUUCAGAAUUGCCUUUUCUGAACUCUCUCAAGAUGAAGAUGUCCAUUCUGCUUGGUGUGGUGCAUAUGAACUUGGGAAUUAUAUUAAGUUAUUUCAAUGCUCGUUUCUUUGGCAACUCACUGGAUAUAAGGUACCAGUUUGUGCCACAGAUAAUUUUCCUUAACAGUCUAUUUGGGUAUCUUUCCCUUCUCAUUGUUCUCAAGUGGUGUACUGGCUCCCAGGCGGACCUUUAUCAUGUAAUGAUUUACAUGUUUUUAAGCCCAUUUGACAAUCUUGGUGAGAAUCAGUUGUUCUGGGGCCAAAGGCCACUUCAAGUUUUGCUAUUGCUGUUGGCUGUAAUUGCAGUUCCAUGGAUGCUCCUUCCAAAACCUUUUAUACUAAAGAAGCUUCAUAAUGAGAGAUUUCAAGGACGCACUUAUGGUGUGCUUAAUACCGCUGAGGUGGAUCUUGAGGUGGAACCAGAUUCUGCCAGGCAUCAUCAUGAGGAAUUCAAUUUCAGUGAGGUCUUUGUUCACCAAAUGAUUCACUCCAUUGAGUUUGUUCUAGGUUCAGUUUCAAAUACAGCAUCCUAUCUUCGACUUUGGGCAUUAAGCUUGGCUCACUCAGAACUUUCUACUGUUUUUUACGAGAAAGUCUUGCUACUUGCUUGGGGGUAUGACAAUCUUGUCAUUCGGUUAGUGGGGCUAGCUGUUUUUGCCUUUGCAACUGCCUUUAUACUUCUUAUGAUGGAGACUCUCAGCGCUUUUCUUCACGCCCUGCGACUUCACUGGGUAGAAUUUCAAAAUAAAUUCUACCAUGGUGAUGGCUACAAGUUCAGACCUUUUUCCUUUGCCUCCUUAACAGAGGAUGAAAAUUAAUCCAUUCUUGUUUGUCUUUGGUUUAUUGGCAAAUAUAGACAAAGGAUAUAUACAUAAGUAGAAGGAGCACAAAAUGAGAAUUUGUGGAAACCAAUAUAUGGUGGCUAGACGUUGAGUUUGCUCGAUGUUGUGCUGCUUGAUAUUUGACCUAGCAACAGAAUUCUGGCUCGGUUUCCCGUGGCUAUGCUGGUGUGACAGAUUUCGAUCAACAAUCAUGGAUGGCAUCUGUAACAGAACAUUUACUUUCUAAUUUUCUAUCUUAGAGUAAGCAAAACGAGAAGAUAUUAGGGAAGGGAAUGGUUAGACUAAUUUUUGUAAAGAGAAGUCGUGUAGCUAUUGGUUUUUGGUUGCUUGGGGAUACACAUAUACACACAAUGUAGCGCGGGUUUUCCUGGGAAG